GUCAGGUGGCGGUGACAGUCAUGCAACGAAACUCCGAUGGCGGUGACGGUGGUAGUCUGGUUGCAGAUUUACGAACUCUUAUUCUUAGUUCGUAUUGGACGAGUCUACCUGAUCCGGUUCCUAGACCUAUUGGAUCCGAGUCUGAAACACUAUGUUACGAACCAGUCAUUCAGACCUGGCCCAUUGAUAAACUUGGUAAUCUGUUCUAUGGGUUUCACUACAUGUGGCUAGCUAGUGUAUUCAUUCUUAAAAUCAAGUCUAUCCCAAACGGCUUUUGGCUUGCAGCUUAUGGCCUUGGAGACAUAUGUACAGUCAUCAUUAAUUCAUUACAAAACAAACUUUCCACAUGUACAGAAAACUAUUGAUAUUAUGAUAUAGUUUGCUUGUAGGUUUCGCAUAAGUAUUUUUCUUUUUCAUAACUCAAAUUUUAUAUAAAUCGAUCGUCUCGAUAAGUAUUACACGUACUACGGAGUGUUGGCGAUUUGACGACCUUAAAAUCUUAAAUAGAUGAGCCAAGACUUUGAAUAUGAUGUGUUUAUGCCUUAAAUAAACAUCUAAUGCAAAACGAGCUCAUUAUAUUUUCUUGACAGUUGUCAUGCAUUGUUUAUUAUUUGAG